AUGGUUGCUGGUGUUGAUUAUAAGGUCAUACUAGCCCUUUUGCUCUUUUGUUGUACAACUGCUCAUGUCAGUGAAGAACGUGUAAUCAUCAAAAGAUCAGAUUUUCCACCAGAUUUUCUCUUUGGGGCUGCUACUUCUGCUUAUCAAGUGGAAGGAACAGUUCUUGAAGAUGGUAGAAGUCUGAGCAACUGGGACAUUUUUUCUCAUAUUGAAGGUAACGUAGCAGAUGGGAGCAAUGCUUAUAUAGCUGAUGAUCACUACCAUCGUUACCUGGAAGAUAUUGAGAUUAUGCAUUCACUUGGAUUGACUGCUUACCGAUUUUCGAUUUCAUGGAGUAGAAUUCUCCCUAGAGGGAGAGAUGGCCCAGUUAACAAAGUUGCUGUCCAAUUCUAUGGAAAUAUUAUAUAUAAGCUCGUAACCAAGGGUAUUCACCCUUUUGUGACUCUUUUCCACUUCGAGUAUCCUCAAGAACUCGAAGACAGAUUCGGAGGAUGGCUCAGCCCUCUCAUGCAUUAUAUUGUGAUAGCUUCGGUUUUUGAGCUCGGUGAUGGUGUUCGGUGUCAGAGCUCGGUGUUACGAGCUUAA